UUUUGCGCUGGAGCUUGCCAAAAACCUCACUGACUUUAAUCCUUUCUUUUAAUCAAAAUUCCAUUUUUGUUUUUCAUGACUGGAAACAAAACAGGAAUGAGCGGCCGUCCUGUGACUGACGCUGUCCUUCAUUCUGAGGCCUGUUUGUGAUGGCGGCAGUAAAGGUCUGUUUUGGGUAAGCAGCCUUCUGCUCUCGUGAAUUUGUGAGGUUGUCCCUUGGUCUUCAAGGUGCACCAGGUCCAGUGAUGGCUGCAGCAGCAUUGGAGGUAAUGGGCCUCUUAAUGGGCUUCUUGGGUAUGAUUGGCAACUUGGUGGCCACCAUGCUGCCCUACUGGGAGACCUCCGCGCACAUCGGCUCCAACAUCGUCACUGCCGUGGUCACCAUGAAGGGCUUGUGGAUGGAGUGUGUCUACCAGAGCACCGGAGCCUUCCAGUGCGAGACCUACAACACCAUCCUGGGCCUGCGGUCGGACCUACAGGCGGCCCGGGCGAUGAUGGUUAUCUCCAUACUCUUUUCAGUGAUAGCUUGUGCAGUAUCCAGCAUGGGGAUGCAGUGCACCAUGUGCAUGGACGGGUCUUCUGUCAAGGCAAAGGUUGCUGGAGCCGGAGGGUGCCUUUUCCUGGUAGCUGGACUUCUGUCUCUCAUCCCGGUGUCCUGGAAGACCCACGAGGUGGUUCGGACCUUCUACCACUACACCGUUCAUGACAGUAUGAAGUUUGAGAUUGGAGACUGCCUGUAUGUUGGACUUGCGUCGUCUAUCAUGUCCUUGUUCGGUGGAGGACUGUUGAGUGUUUCCUGUUUUGAUGAUCUAGAUACAAGUAGGGGAUUCCGGCACCAUCCUGGGGGUUACCCUUACCCUGAGCGCUCAGGAGCAGGAGGGACGACCCGUGGGGGCAAGCAUUCUGUACCCUACCGUCCAGCAACCCUGCAGACAGGGAUCAACCUGAACCCAGCCGCCAAGAAUCAAACCCUGGCCAGUCAAAUCAGUAACAGUAGCCACUCCACUGCUCCUGGACAUGGCUCCAAAAAGCCUGCGAGGCACAAUGCGGCAGCUAGCUACGAUGUUACUGGGUAUGUCUGAAGAUUUUUGGCUUAGCAGCUACUUCUGUGGCAGUUUGAGAUGACUGAAGUGGGGUUAUACUGACUGACAGACUGUAGUGACAACAGUGAUGUCAAGAUACAAAAGGUCAGGCAACUGAACUGAGUUGGAAAAAGUUUUUUCUUUCUUCAAAUGAUAACAGCAAGUUCAACUGUGCCUCAUUUGUGUAAACACACAGAGCUACCAUUUCACAAUGCCCUGUUUUUGGAUGUGUAACAAGUGCCUGUUGAAACAUUGGAUUUCUGCAUGUUUUUUAUGUUCAGAAAAUGACUGAAGCAGAAGACUUUGUCUAAUAUUUCUUAUUUCAUAUUGUUGGACUGAUAUAAAUUGUUUUAUUUUGAGUUUCUAAGACACUGAAAUGUAUGAUCUUUUUGUUAUAUAUUCACUUUGAUUGCAUUUCAGUUGUUCAACUAUCAGUAUCAGUUUAUUCAAAAGGAAAUACACUUUAAAUGGCCAUUAAGGAUUAUAUUUUUCUUUUAAGGAAACAAUUAUGUUGCUGGCAGCUCUUGUCAGUAAAGGUUUUAUUGGAACAGUGUGGAAUGUCACGGAAAUCUGUGUGGGUGUUGGUCUCAAAAUCUGCCCACCGCCAUUCCCCCAGUCCCUGUUCCACAACACAGAUUUGUAAGGUAUAGACAACAGCACGUAAAUAAUGUGCUGCUCCCAUGGAAACGGGUAAGCUGGCUACAGGUAAUCACUCAGCUUCAGUAAGGUUACUAACCAUAGCUGGGUAAUUUACUACCACCACUAACAUAGUAGAGAUAGGCAUUCACUUAUCAGCUACAGAGUACGACUCGUCGUCGCUUGCCACUCUAACUCUUGUCAAUCUGGCAACCCGAGUGAGCUUAGCAUCUGGGGAGAACUCUAUCCAGUGUUUGGAAAUUGGACUGAAUUACUGAAUGUUCCUUUAAAACUUUGUAAUAAAACUACUAAUAUGAUUUACAUAUCUGUGUUCAACAGUUUUUGGUGGUUAAUUAACACUGUUCAAUUUCAAUUUUAACAAUGGCAUAUACACUGUAUAGUGUUUUCACACAAUCAAAGAUAUGAAUUAAAUUUGUAAAAUUGUUGUUCCCUGUUUUAGGCUGAUUUUGAGUUCCCAGCUGGUUUGUUUUACUCCUUAAACUCCAUACUUGUACUCAAAUCUACAGUUCUCUCUGAAUUAACUGCAGUUAAUGGAACCUAAAUCAGAACCUUGUGGAACUCCACGGAAUAUAAUUAUGAAUUAUGAUUAAUAAAAUAAUAGGAACCUUUUUAGGAUUAAAACCUUUAAAACAAGGAUCAGAUUAGGAAAUUGCCUGUUCAAACAAAGACUUUGGAAAAGAGGAGACCGCUCAAUGUCUUUCAAAAGUGAAGCCACUGCAAUUAUGUUAUAUAUUUAUAAAUCUGCUGACUGCUUGCAGCGUGAUGCAUAGUUUUGACCAUGUCCGUAUGUUUCCAUUAGAAUUUCAUUAAACAUCUCCAUGUGCUAAUAUUGACACUUUUAUUUUUAUUUUCCCCCAAUAAUCAGUUUUUAAAAUGUUGCUUUGUUGAUAAAAUGUUAUUAUUAAGUGAUUAACAGUGUUGACUGGAACAGACUAUAAGCAAAACCUUUCUGUUCCUUACAGGUAGCAGAUAAGUUGUAAGUCAACUAUGUAGUUAAGCAUACUAUUAAUGAUCAUGUGGUGUUGGUUGCCCUAAUUAGCUAGCAUAAAUGGUCAAUGUGAUCUAGUUACCCUGCUAUAAUGCAAGCUAAAGUUGCUGUUAGACUCGAUAGUAUUUGUAUAUGGUCUCAGCCAGCAUUCUCGGCAAAUUCUUUAAUUUUUUUAUUUAAUCUUUUAAUGUGAUAAUGUGACGUGGUCAAUGUGAUCUACUUAGCCGUUAGCCAGUCUGCUAAAGAAAGUGUACUUAGAAGGGCUGGACUGUGCUGGUAGUUUUUUGUUUUCAAGAAUAUCAUUCAGUGUUUUGGCAAAUGUAUUUUUUUUGUUCGGGAGUCUGUUUAAAACUACUUUUUUUUUUUUAACUUUUGUUAAGCUCUGCUAUUGUAGCAUGUGCACAUUUGUAGUAAGUAGCUUUGAUUUGUUUCAAUCAUAAAGAGCUAACAGAGCUGAGCUCCUCUACUGUAGCUGUAAUAAUUUCACUGUAAAAUACAUAAACUGCAUUUUU